AUGUUUAGAGAGGUUCAGAGCCAGUUGGGAAAUACAAUGAAAUCUCCCAAUAGUAUGAUUUUUGAUGAGCUUCUAAAAACUGUGAUUUCAGAUGAAAGUGACCAACUUAUGCAAAACCAUCCUUCAUUUCAUCAUAAUAGUAAUUCAUCAUUUUUUUCUGCGAGCACUAGUGAUAGUUUGAAUAACAACGAGAUAUGGAGUGAGAUUAACCAACAAAAACAUGCAAAAGAUAAUAAUGUUCAUUUUGAUGAAUCAAAUUUGGCCAUGGCUGCUUCACAGUCACAACAUUGGUUACCAUUAGAACUGCAAAUGCCGGUGUCAAUUCCAAUGCAAAUGCCUUCUAUCCAACUCGAGCAACAACGGGAUCAUCGUCUACAGAAUCAACCGAUAUUAGGGUUAUGUCCAAAUUUCAAUGCUGCACAAUCGGUUUAUGAGAAUAAACCGAUGGAGAUCGAUUACUCCGAAAAAUUACUGAAUAUGUCAAUGCCUUUAUCAUCUACAUGUUUAGAUUCAAAUGAAAUUGUUGUUGCUGCUGGUGUCGGCGUUGGAGUUGAGAUGAUUGAAAAAACUGUUGAAAGAAAACAGAAGAGAAUGGCGAAGAACCGUGAAUCUGCCGCAAAAUCUAGGGCAAAGAAACAGGAAUACAUAAAUAAGUUACAGAUGGAGAAAUUUCGAUUGGAGAAAAUAAAUAUCGAACUCAAAAUGAUAGAGAAAAUAGAUGAAGAAUUUUUUUCAAAUCUCAAACCAAGAUACCAAUUAAGACGUACCAGCUCAGCAAAGUUCUAG